AUGUUAUGCCUCAAUAGUGUCGCUCUUGUCUUCCGAUACGUAUCCAACCUGCGUAUAAGAGUGAAACAGCAGCCGAUUAAUCUUGGACCACUUUCCACGGUGGAGCUUAGCAAAGCCGAAGAAUAUUUGUUCCGCAUUGCACAGGACGAAGGCUUCCCAGAUGAUGUAUCCACCCUGGAGCAAACACGUUCAACUGGGUCCGUGAAGUCGCUUUCGAAAACCAGCCUGCUGUACCAGUUAGAGCCUCGACUGGAUGAAAAAGGAGUACUGCGGAUGAGAACAAGGAUUGGCUCGUGUCAGUUUGCCACCGAUGACGCCAAACAAUCCAUAAUCCUGCCCGGUGACCACCACAUCACUGCUCUGAUAAUAAAGCACUACCACUACAGAUACCACCACCGUAAUCAUGAAACCGUCAUCAACGAGCUGAGGCAACGGUUUCAUAUUCCUCGUAUCCGUGUCGGCUUUGCCAAAGCCCGCAAAAACUGCCAACGUUGUAAAAACGAGACGGUCAUACCUCGCCCUCCUAUCAUGGCAGACUUGCCACCAGCCCGUCUUGCAGCAUUCACGCGUCCCUUCACGUAUGUCGGAGUAGACUACUUCGGCCCGAUGGAGGUAGUCUUGGGCAGGCGUGUGGAGAAACGCUGGGGGAUGUUGAUUACCUGCUUGACAGUGCGCGCUAUACAUAUCGAAUUGGUCUGCGCCCUCAGCACAGACUCAUGCAUAAUGGGUCUUCGCAACUUCAUCUUGCGCAGAGGCACUCCGAGAAAGAUCUACAGCGAUCGCGAUACGAAUUUCAUCGGUGCCAGUCGUGAACUGAAGGAAGCGAUGACAGCGAUUGACGAAGAGAAGAUUAUGAAGGAGUUCGUUAGCCCAGAGACGGAAUGGGUAUUCAACCCUCCCGCUGCCCCACACAUGGGUGGCUGCUGGGAACGGUUGAUCCGCACAGUGAAGACGAAUCUGAUGGCACUUCGUGUAACUCGAAAACCCACAGAUGAGGUGCUGCGUAACCUGCUUACCGAAGUCGAGGGCAUCGUAAAUUCCCGGCCCUUGACGCACGUUCCGAUUGACAGCGAUUCGGCACCAGCUCUCACCCUGAACCAUUAUCUACUCGGGUCGUCCGACGGCUCGAACGACAGUGGUGCCGCAUUGCGGCAGAAUUGGCGAACAUCCCAGAUCCUCGCAAAUCAGUUCUGGAAACGUUGGGUAACCGAUUACCUUCCAGAGAUUACCAGGCGGACAAAGUGGUUCGCACACACAAAACCGAUAGCCGUUGGUGACAUAGUCGUUAUCGUUGACUUCAAGUUACCCAUAAGCUGCUGGCCGAAAGGCAGAAUUAUUUACACUAGGGUCGGAAACGAUGGAUGCGUCCGGGCCGCAACGGUGCAGACGGCGAACGGGAUCUACGAACGGCCAGUAAGAAAACUGGCAGUGUUGGACAUUCGGCGCGAGGAGGAGUAA